UCAUCAAGGUCAAAUGGCCGGAUUUUCCGAUUUCGUUUCCAAGGAGUCAUGACAAACUGCUACAACUCGCUAUACGCCGCCAGACCGGCAGCGAAUUCAAUUCAUCCGCUGUUUGUUGUUUAUCAUUGACGAAGUGAGUUGAAUCGAAGGUUCAAUAAUAUGGCAGAGGCAAAGGAAUUCAUAGAAAAAUUCCAUGGAUUGGAUGGCACACUUCUUAAGGACAGGAAUAAAGCGUUUCGUCUUUUAUUAGAAAACUAUACUGAAAUGCGGGACAACGAUAAUAUUCUGAAAGAAAUUUAUAUUAAUCUUCAUACAAACACGUACUUGGAAGAAACGUACAAACUAGAAUUUCUAAUUUACUUCAGGAGAGUUUCAGAACUCUUCGAUCUUCUCAAGAGUGGGAACGAUGUGUCUGCCAGUAGAAUCAUCAAACAAAAAUGGUUCCUCAAAGCCAUACUGAAGGAUGUGUCUCCGAAAGAAUUUGUGAGGGAUAUUUUUCCACAGCUCUCCCAAAUCGUCAGGUUGAAAAUAUUGAAGCAGAUUUUGAAGCAGUUCAAAGAUGAAAAAUACAUCAAUUCGCUAUUCGAUGAAUUAAAUGAAACGUACGGUGCAAGACCGGCUGUAGUUAUAAUUUCCGGGUGCUCUGUGGACAAAAUCGAAGAAUUUCUGAAGGAGAGGAGCCUCACCAUAUCCCCAGCUCAACUGAAACUGCUUUAUGACAAGGACAAAUCUCUGAUACGGUUCUAUUACGCAGAGUAUCAUAAAAGGGGUGGUAACAUGAACUCUCUGGAUUCCUUCUCCCGUUAUUUGGCAAGGAAAGAUCCCGCUCUCUUCAUGGAGCUACGUGAAAAGUACAGAUUCACCACAUAUUUUGGCUUGGGACGCCAAGGUACUAAGGUUUUCGUUAAAGAGAAUACAAACGCCUUGAUUGAAGAUCCACUGAAAUACCUCGAAAUGAAUGUCUUGAAACGGAGCGCUUUGGUAAGGCAGCUUGGAAACGAGUUUCCUAAAUUCUUGAAAGCUGCAUAUCCCGACUCCUCAAAAGAAUUGUCGAAUUCGCAUUUGGUUUUCGAUUUGCUGGAUGAUUACCCAAAGAAGAGAAGGUACAAUCUUUUCUCGAGCCUUUUCAAGGAAGUCUACAACAAGGACUUGUUCACAGCCAAAGAAAUUAUGAACGAGAAACUUCUGGAAAUAAUACCCAGUCACGAAGAAAGGGAAAAGUGGGUAGAUAUUUUCAAUAGUGAAGUUAAGUACAUUAAAUACAAAAGAUCCACAGUUGCGGUGGCCGAACUGAAAGAACAACUAUUCAGAGCUGAUGAUAUAACAUUCCGCAAAGAACUUUUCGAAUAUUUAAUAACUUCAUGCAAGGUGAGUGAAGAUUAUGGACAACUUUUGGAUAUUUUGAAACUUGUGUGUAAGAGAUUCCGUAAUGCUGACGAUGGAGCUCUCUAUACACUGUUGAGAACGAUUAACGAAAAAAUGGAUAUGAAAAUGUUGAACGAAGAGCAUUGGAAAUAUAUACACGAAAUUAUAAUGCUACAAGAUCUUAGAAAUAUAACAAUGUGCGCUGACAUAAUUUUCGAGUAUUGCAAAUUCUUGCAUGUUGCUGAGAAAUCAUUCGAAGAAAUGAUUCCAAUUUUACUUAAAUGUGAUACUACUUUAAGCAGCCAUAAAUUUGUUGACGAAAGAUUCAAGGAUGAUAAUUUCAAGAAAAUAUUUUUGCAGCUCGUUCUCAAAUAUUAUCCAGCCUUAGAAGACAAAUUCAAAUCCUCUUGGAAAGCUAUAGAGAUAGUUUUAAUAAUAAGAAGAUGGAACAGAAAUCAUCCUAAGGAAAAAAUUUUUGUUUCCCAAGUUGAGUCAAUUAUUGAAUCUAUCCAAGAAGAAGUGAAACAAAGUUGGGUGUAUUGUUCUGGAAGUGAAAUGCAAGCUCUGAAAUACCUCAUCUGCGUUGAAAACGACACUGAACAUUUUGAGAAUAUUUAUUUCGAUAAUAUAAACACUCUAGCCAAUUACACUAUAACUAGAUGGUUUCUAAAAUACAAACCUGAGGUUUUUCGGAAAUUUAUAGAUAAAAUUUAUCCUUGCUUCACUGCCAAGGGUAAGUACUUGAAUGGAGUACUGAGAAAAUUCGAAUAUUCAGGAUUGGUCAAGGAUAUAGAGGAGCAUUAUUUGGGAAAAUUGCAAGAGCCAGACCAGAGCGACAGGGAUGUGUUUGCUCAGAUUUUGGCCUCAAUAAUGCCAACACGAAAUUUUUUAGCACUCAUUGAAAAAUACCGACCUCUGAUCGAUAAAUUGGACAUUUCGAAUUCCAGUGAAGAAGAAAAAACUCUGUUACAAAUAGAAAUGUCCUUGGCGAAAUCUGUACGUUUCAGUAGAUGUCAUCAUUCUGCUUUGCCUGUUUUACUUCAGUAUUGCAAGGGUGAUUGUUUACAACCAGCCCUAUAUUCACUCUAUAGUUGUUUUAACAGAAUAGCGGAGAAUAAUCUCAAAUCCGUUUUAUCAUUGUUGCUGAAACAACCAGUUUCCCUGAGAAAGCAUUCAAUGUUUUUAGCUUCUCUUGUGUUUCCAGUUAGGAUAAACGAGGACUUGGGAAAGCAAAUGAUGGAAGCAGAAAAGGAUAUAUCUGUGAAAAAACAUCUGUUUUUUUGUUCAUACAAAUAUUUUCUUAAAAAUCCAUUGGAGCAUGUCUGGGACAUACUAAUUAAUUACAUGGAACUUCUAACAGUACAUGACAAGGAAUCACUAGAUCUCAUCACAAAUAUACAUUAUAUUCCGGAAAAAUUUCGGCAAAAGUUUGCAGAAGAAGUUUGGCAAACUUUGGAAAGGUUAGAAGAAAUUGAAAACAACCCAGUUGAUCAGUAUUAUGACAAGUUUUUAUUGAAUAUUCGAGAUUAUGACAUAAGGCUUUUAUCCCCUGAUUUCUGCAUUACAAUAAUCGAUAAAAAAAUGUUCAAGGACGGACAUAAGAGAAACGCCAUUUGUUCGAAAUUCGCAAUUCAAUUCAUGAUGUACAGCGGUGACAUAAGACAAGGAAUAAGAAGCGUUAUGAAAAUUCUCAACGAGUACAAAUCAAAGUAUUGGAACACCAAAAAAGGAGCACAUGCCAAAUCUGUGAUUUAUCACUUCUGCUCCGAAAUUUUCGACGAGUGUAUGAGUGUUGAUCAUUUAAGGAUACCUUUGCCGAAGGAAUUCCCAUCCACUUUGAGUGAAGAGUGGAAAAAAGUGUUCACGCAAGAAGAAACCUUCGAGGAAUAUCUACUGCUGGAAUGUAUUAUUUUCAAAUAUGGAGAUGAUACAGAUAUACAAGUAUUUUCUAAAAGGAUUGGGGAAUUGUUCGAAAGGGCUAGAAAGGAUUAUGGUGAGCUGGUACACGUUUUAUUUCGAGACAUUCUGGACAAUUCACUGGAGAAACUACUGAGCGAUAAGAAGUAUAAAUCAGAGUUAAUGGUAUUUCUUAGGCAGUUCAUCGACGAUGGCCCUUUUUCUGUUGCACGAUUUUUAUUAGUCAUCAGCCUAUUGCCUGUCCGUUUAGAUGAUGAAAAACUGAAAAAAAAUUAUGAUUAUAUAGUGGCAAAAAUUCGCGAUACUCCAGAUAAAAUCAUUCGUUUGAGUUUGGACAGUCAUUAUAAGCAUUUUUAGUUGUAUGGCGAUGAAAAUUAUUAUCAUUGGUAUCACCCAAACGUUAAUUGUAUUUACAAUUCAGCAUUUAGAACAGUAUUUGAAAAAAAAUUGUCGAAAUUGUAUAUUAAGUAGUUUCCCAUCUUCAUCUAGGAUAGGUACUAUAAAUGAUUAUUGAAUAAUCACAACCUCGUUAAAUCUGUCAUUUGAAUUCUUCAACAAUUCAAUCAAUAUAUGCCUAUAGGCAGGUUUGAGUGAAGAAAAUGGUUAUUUUUUUAUUACGUGCAUAAAAUGAGUGUUUUUUGGCAUCGACCUGCCAGAAAUUUUCUCGAAUGUGCCAUUAAAAAAAAAAAUUAUACACGAAAUACAAACAACACUUUUUGUACAACUGUGAAUGUGAAUUCACAUUGUCUGAAAUAAAAAUAUUAAAAAUGAAUUCUUCCAAUACACCUUGACGUGGUUUUACCACAGUGAGCUGUUCGAGAACAACAACCAUACUAGGACAAUUGAUCCUUACAUAUACCCCAGGCAACAACUCACACUAGUACAGGUACAGAACAAAGCCAAAUACAUGUGCAUGAAGAUUUACAAUGCGUUACCCAAACAGUUUCAUUUGAUAACAAAUGUUAAUACAUUGAAAACCAAUUAAUGGAAUUUUUUCUGAACAUUGAACCAUACAAUAUAUCAGAAUAUAUUGAAUCUUGCAAAGUUAAACUCACCCCAACCUUGUAACAAGUAAUCAUUGAGAUUAAUUGACUUAUUCCCCAUUGUUGUAUCACAAUAAUUGUAGGAAUUGAAUAAACAUUAUCAUUAUUAUGUCCUGCUUUUAUCGCUUUUAAACGACAGUUCCCUGGAUAAAAAAUUGUACAAAAUAACUGAAAAAUACUUCUAUUUUCCAUACAUUUUAUUUUUAAUGUUAUCAAUACUUCCAAUAUAAUUUCACAUCAUC